GAAGUAAACUGCUACAAAGCAUUUUUAGCCAGCUAUAUCACCAUUUCUUGUAUUCCUUUGCAGUGGAUGGGAAACAGAUAAAUGGACUUAGAGAAAAUUGUGAACUGAAUCAAUGGUGAAGUUGUAAGCAGAUGUUAGGCAAUAUGCCUAUAAGGUUACAACCAGAAAUCUUUCAAUUGCAGGUUUCAAGAUGCAGUUUAUGAAAUUCCGACUUGUUAUUCCUCAUGCGUGUAAUAUUUAUAUAAUGCAGGAAAGUUAGAAAGCAAAAUACACUUCCGACAUACAACAAAAUUUAGAGACCCACGGAAGAAUACUGCCACCUACUUGCACCCCACAGUACUUCUUAUAUUACCAGACUGCCUUCUAGUUACGAUAGAUUGUGUUGUGAUAGUUUCAGUUGCCUCUCUGUUCUUCUUAGCAUACACUGCUGUGUGUGUGGCAUGAAGGUUACAGAAAAGAAUGAGAAAGAAAACUGUAUAUUUCUACACAUUUUUCUUUCCUACUCUCCUUACUAGAUGUUUAUUCAGACCCCAAAUAAGAGCAGAUGAUUCUGAGAGAGUGGCAAAAGCCUGAAGUUUCAAGUAUGAAAUGAAGAGACAAGAAAGGUUGAUAAUGUUAUUGCUACUUCAGCAGAUAGGGGAAGGUAUAACUGGGCCUUCAAGGCUUCAGCAGAAAUGUUUUCUGAAUGAAACAGUGCUUUCAACGUGGGAUGCUGGUACUGAUUGCACCACUCCUGAGUGAACUUCACAGUACUUUUUCCAUUCCUGUUGCUGCUGGAAUACCUUUAUUCUAUCUCAAACAGCACGUGCAAAUGGAAGCCUUGGCAGAAAUAAAGAUUAAAAUUAUUUUAGGGUUGAGUCCGUUUCUCGAGGAGGAGACAAAAGGGCAAGGAAAUUCCCCAUGAACCGCUCUUCUCGUAAAGCAGGCAGUGCCACAAAAUUCUGUGGUUUCUGUCAUUCUUGAAGCUCUCCUGAAAUCCUACAUAUGCUGUUAGUGUUAAUGGUACUCAGUGCAAGCUCCUGGCUUGUGGACGGUUCGGCGAAGCUAAGUCCCCCGGUAUGUAACAAAUUACUUGUUGUUUGAGCAGGAAUAAGAGUCUCCUUUCCAGGUUCCCUGUUCUCAGAUGCAGCUCCGGGGUUCAGUUGCGUACCCAGAAGAGGCAGCGUGUCGGGGCGGCCCAACGCGCCGCGUCUGGCGGCGGUUGCACCGCGGCCCGGCGGCUCCGCGGAACGCAGCGGCGGGCGCAGGUUGCGGCGGGGCCGAUUUGAAGUGGGCACAGCGCGGCGGCAGCCGCUGUGGCGGCAUGAGGGAGCUGGAGUCUGGCCUGAAGAUGGAGUGCGACAUCUUGGACGCGCUGGAGGCCCUGGGGUACACGGGUCCCCUCUUGGAGGAGGAAGCCCUGAACAAAGCAGCACAAAGUGGAUUGUCUUCACCGGAGUUUUUUGACCUCUGUGUUUGGUUAGGAUCCCAGAUAAAGUCGCUCGGUGACAUGGAAGAAAGCAUCACGUCAGCAGAUGGUGAUAAAGAUAUAGAGAGCUUCCAGCUUGAGAUUAGUGGCUUCUUGAGAGAAAUGGCAUGUCCAUAUUCAUCACUUGUAUCUGGAGACAUAAAGGACAGAUUGAAAGAGAAAGAAGAUUGCCUUAAACUUCUCUUAUUUCUAAGUACAGAACUUCAAGCUUUAAAGAUACUGCACAGCAAGAAAAGUAAAAGCUCUCAUUUGGAAAAGCACAACGAAAUCUACCAGGAAGUACAAGCUAUCUGUGAUGCACUGGGCUUACCAAACUCCUCCUCAUCCGAUAUUCCUCCUUUGUUAAACAGUGUGGAACAAAAGAUAAAGGACAUUCUCUCAAAAGUUCAAAACAACCACGUGGGGAAAUCACUGCUAACAAAACCUCUGAAUUCUGAUCAAGUGGAAAGAUUGGAAAAAAUCAAUGAUGCUCUUCGCAGUGAAUAUGAAUGUCGCCGUCGUAUGUUAAUGAAGAGGUUAGAUGUGACAGUGCAGUCUUUUGGCUGGUCUGAUAGAGCAAAGGUAAAAACAGAUGACAUAGCACGAAUCUAUCAGCCCAAGCGCUAUGCAUUAUCUCCAAAGUCAACAAUAACAUUAGCUCACCUUCUUGCUGCUCGAGAGGAUUUAUCAAAGAUCAUAAGAACAAGUAGUGGAUCAACACGAGAGAAUACAGUCUGCGCAAUCAACAAGGUUCUGAUGGGGAGAGUACCUGACCGUGGAGGCAGACCAACAGAGAUUGAACCACCUCCUCCUGAAAUGCCUCCGUGGCAAAAAAGACAGGAAGGUGGUGGAAGAGGUGGCUGGGGAGGUGGAGGUGGGGGUGGGGGUGGGAGGGGCGGCUGGGGUGGGGGAGGAGGUAGAGGAGGAGGUGGGGGUGGCUUUGGGGGUGGGGGUGGGGGUGGUUUUGGGGGUGGGGGUUUCAGAGGUGGUGGAAGAGGUGGAGGUGGUUUCCAAGGUGGCAGGGGGGACUAUGGUGGCAGGGGUGGUUAUGGUGGCAGAGGAGGUUAUGGAGAUCCGUAUGGUGGAAGAGGAGGUGGAGGAUACCGGAGAUACUGAAAGAGUAACAGAUGAAAUAUAGUGGUGGUGUUUACUGGUGUCAGGAAUUUAGAGAUGGUACCUUUGGUUUAGAUUAGAUUUAAGUAUGACCAUGUGAAUCAUUGCAUUCGACCAACUGAUGUUGUCAUUGAAUUCUUUUUAGUUAAACGAACAGAACUUUUUAUACUAAAAUAUCAUGACUAGAGUCCUCGCUUUUCGUACUGGUUGUGUUUUUUCUUUUAUUAUGUUCAUUUAUUUAAAAUAAUUCUCAGAAAACUGAAUAAAAACCUUUUUAAAGAAACAGAAUAAAGAUGAUGUUCAGGCCUCUCUAAUUAUUGCAUGUUGCACAUGAAUUCUGCUCCAAAAGCUGGAUAAAAAAAAAAAAAUUAAAAAGUCAGACCUAAGAACUUGAGGGAGAUGCUUCUGAAACUCCAGAAUGCUGCUUCUGUGCUUUUUUCUUUAUCCAGUUUUCACAUCGGACAUAUUGAAGAACUUCAGUUUCAAGUUGUCGCUUAAGGCUUUGGUCAAAAUUAUUCAAUGAGCUUUCCUGUUCUUUCAGAACUUCACAUAAAAGUAAUAUUUUGAAUUAGUUCUCUACAGAUACUAAUAAAAUUAGGUGGCUUUGUGUGUUCAUAAAUAUAUCAGAGAUUAACUGAAGGUCAGAGCAUGUACCACAAAACCUGAAUCAUGGUGACUUUUGAUGUUUAUUUUUCCUUUACUUGCUUUUCAUAUUAUUGGUGUUUCAUAAAAGCAUUUUCUACUACCAUCAUGUCCAGUUGGAGUUCAUUUAUAUACUCUUUCUGCAUCAGCCUUUAAAAAUAAAGGUCAACAAAGUUCAGUUGCCUGAGAAAGAGCAGGCUAUUUCUUUUUUUCUCCUGCCUACUUUCUCUAUUUGGCAGCUGCCAACUGCCAGCUGAUAAGUUAUCUCACGCAGCAGUUGCUCCUCCCCAUUGAGGUUUCUGGAAAAAGUUCCAAAAUAGCAUUCAAAGGCUUUGCUUUUUUACACUGUCACCCAAUUCACCCAAUUGGUCUGAUAAGCUGAAAGAAACUCUGUCUUAAUACAUAUGGAUACCUUCUCCUUCACAGAUAGCGUUUCUCUAGUAAAAGAGCAUUUAGAUGAAGUGAAUUUUGUAUAAUUAUGGCUGUAAAUAGAUUUAUUAAAAUAGAUUAAGUUAAGUUCAGGGCUGUCAGCUAUAACUUAUGUCUGUUAUCUAGCUUCUUUAGGUCCCUCUUCUGUUGUGAUGCCAUUUGUGAGUAGAGGUAAAACAGAGAGAUGAUGCCCAAGUAUAUAUUCACAAUAGUAUUUAUCAGGGUCAUGUUACUGCAGAGAUUCAGGAAGGCAUCUGAACCUGGGUAUAUCUCGUGACAGAAACCUUGAUGUGCUUUCAAGGAAUAUAUAACUUAGACUUAUCUGCAGCUGAACUUUAAGAUUUGAAUUUGCAUUUAUGUACCACAGUUAUGAGUUUGUUUGUUUGUUUUCUUUCCCCCACAAACUUGCUGUUGGUGUCCACGUUGCCAUGCAUUAAAGUUGUUACCCUGUCUUCAGGGGCACAUGCAUCAUGUCCUCAAUAGACAGAUCUAUGUAGGAACGUAGAGCUCUGUUUAAAAUUAAGUGAUUUUCUGGCAUGUUGUUUAAAAACUUGUGCCAGAUUUUAUUAAUUAGCUACUACCAACACCUUCAUUUGAAAUUUUAGACUAGAUAAACUUUAAAACUUUCCUUCCUGUUAUUUUUCUGUAUGCUUAUUUCUGAGAAUGCUGCUUUAUAAUGUGAUUGGUACAGCCUUGACCAUACUUUACAGUUCCAGUAGGCUUCUAAGAAAAGAGAGUGGGAGACUUCAUUGCUUGUACAUGUUGACUUGAAUGUGAACUCAAUAUAAUGAAGUACUCUGCUGGCUGAACUUCACCCACCUUCUAGCAGUGUCAUUUUCACUUUGUUUCUACACUCGUUUCUGUUAGCCUCUGCUGCCAUUGUGGAGAGGAAUUUCAAGUGGAAGCAUAGUACUCAUUUUCUUUCUUUGGAGACUGAUUUUUGCAUAGUGCUAUAGAAGUAGCUCACAAAUGACAUUUCGAGUGAGACUGCUGGCUAUGGAGGUGACAAGCAUUGGUCAGCAAGGGAAGAGGGAGAGCAGUUUUUAACAAGCAAAGCCUUAAUUUAAAAUUCUCUUUGCUAAUCCUAUGCUGUUAUUUUUGCUAAAAGUAACAUACGAACAAGAAUCAAGAGUUCAGUUUCACCAAGGAUGUAGGCUAGGAAGUUCAAGUGGUGUAUCUAUGCAUAAAGAUUUCAUCAGUCUUAAGAUGUGAAGAUGCACUGGGUUUGUUGACCCGUAGGGCUGGUAGAACCGUAGUAAUUGUGUAUGUGCCUCAGUGCUCUUACAGUUGUCAGUUUGUGCUGUUUGUAGCAGAAUAGUUCAGAGUAAAGUAGAUGAGAUUUGUGCCUCCAUCCAGUUCUAACAGUUAAAUUAUUCCAGUACUGUUUUCCAAUUAUUUUUUAUAUAGACAUUGUAAAAGACAAAAGUUUGAAUAAGUUGAGGUUUUAUGGAAGAUACUUUUUUUAAUUUGAGCCAUUUCAUAUUUUCUUCAGUAAUUCCAAAGUGUGAAGCCAGUAGUAGAAAAUCAAAGUAAGCACCACCACGUUUCAUAGAGGUAUCCCUUUCUCAGUCUUCUCUGUUGUCAGAAUAUAUGUUAUUUUAUCAGAAGAUGGAAUAAUACCAUUAAAACAAUUGAUUUAAACCUCCAACCCUUCUGUUUCAGUCUUGAAAAAAGUAUUUUCAAAAAUUAUGUUGUAAGAAAAAAGCCGUUUUAUAUGUCUGUGAUUAUUUCUGUGUUUAUUCAAAUUCAGUUAAUUGUUUUGGUUGAAUCAAGAAUUGAAGAUGACUUUUGUGUCAGGGCUGAAGAGAGAUGGUUUUGUUAACAGCUGUAAACACUGAGGAAUAAAGUACUGUAUUUGAAGUUA